CGCGCGCGCUCUCUCGCGCUCUCUCUCUCUAACGCUCGCGCUCUCUCUCUCUGCGCGCGCCGUGUUUGAGAAAAAAAAGGAGAAGGGGAAAUGCAGGUGAGAGCAGAUGCUCUAUGCGCAUACACGCUCGUGUGUAGGAAAAGGAGGGGUGGCGGGGGAACGGACUCUGCUCACGUGCGCGUGCAUCGCGUAGGCCCACACGUAUAGAGAGGAGGGGGGCGGGGGGGCAUCUAUAGCCUCGAAGGCUAAAAGUGCAGCAAAUGGAUGGACGCGUGGACAAACGGGAGACCGGGGACGCCGCAGCCUGCGCCGUCGAGAACGAGGCUGAGAGCAAGCAGGUGCGAGGGGAAGAGUCCGGCGCGAGCGCUGCAAACCACCUGGACACGUGCCCCGUUUGCCACCUGAACUUUCCCAGCCGAGAGCCCCAACUUCUGCCGUGCCUGCACUCCUUUUGCAAGAAAUGUCUGCCUUCGCCCUCGAGGAACUUGGCCAUGGCGGAGCCUCCAAACUCGCAGGUGGACAGCGCGACCAAACCACUGAAUGUGAUGCGCUGUCCGGUGUGCAGGCAGGAGUGCAUGGAGGUGGACGUGAUGGAAAACGUCUUUGUGAAGGACUGCGCGGAGGCUCCCAGCAGCACCGUGGAGAGGACAGUCCAGCUCUGUAUGACCUGCGAUGACAACACGGAAGCGGCCGGGUUUUGCGUGGAGUGUGUGGAGUACCUCUGCGCCACCUGCGUGGAGGCCCACCAGAGGGUCAAAUUUACCAAAGACCACGCCAUCAGGCACAAGGAGGAAGUCUCGCACGAGGCCCCCGGCGCGUCUGCUCAGAGGCCGGUUUUCUGCGACAUCCACAAACAGGAGCCGCUGAAGCUGUUCUGCGAGACCUGCGACCUCUUGACCUGCCGUGACUGCCAGCUAGUAAAGCACAAGGACCACAAUUACCAGUUCCUGGAAGAUGCUUAUAAAAGCCACAAGCAGCACAUGGAGAGCAUGACCCAUCAGCUGCAGGAGAAAAAUAAACAGAUUGAAGAGGUAUCGAACUCCAUAAACAGAGGACUUCUUCAAGUGAAUCAGAACCGCACGUCCGUUCAUAACGAAAUAAAGAAAUCCAUCUGCAGUUUGAUUCUCGAGAUAAACAAGAAGGGCAAGAUGCUGGUUAAUCAACUGGAGACUGUAACAAAGGAUCACGAGAGUGUCCUGCGAAAACAACAGGAGGACAUCGGCUACCUCUCCAGACACCUGAACCACGUCAUCAACUUCACCAAAUGGGCCACGGCCAGGAACGGAGGCACGGCCCUCUUGUACUGUAAACGUCUGAUUCUGUUUCAGAUUGGAAACCUCCUGCGGGCAAAAUGUAGUACGUCGUUUAUUCCACAGAGCACUGUGCGCUUCCAGAGUCGAUCCUCCUAUUGGGCCUCAAAUGUUGAUUUGGGCUCUUUGGUGGUAGAGAGUGUACCGGGCCAUCAGCUGGGUGGUUUUCAGGGUAUCCCACACCAGCUCUCCCACCCUGGGCACGGCCCCUCAGGCUCACCCCACGGCUUUGCCCUGGGAGCGGGGCCCCGUAACACUCUGGCUCAGCUCCAGAUGCAGGUGGACAAGCUGAACCCGCAGGCCAACUGGCAGCCCCAACCGCCUCCACCGCCCUGGACGUGGUACCAGAGUGUCCGACUGCAGCGAACCGUCCCGGGGUCCCUGCAAGGAGGUGGCUCUCCCUCCCAGAGUAUGCUUCCCCAACCUGGUCGCAGGUUUAUGCCGCCUCCCACCAACCACGUCAGCCCGACUAGCAGCUUACCGAGCCCCGGGUUCCCACCACAGCCGCUGAGGGGGAUGGGCGGCAGCUCCAGCUACCAACCCAAAGCCGUGGACGUGUUUUCCUCCUCGCCUCUGUACGCCCACGUAGCACCGCCGCCCGUCAACGCCGGCGUCAGCUCGCCUCAAUCGCGACAGACGAUUGAGACGACAUAUCUGAGCGGGAGGAAUGAUCCCGGCGGUCCGGUGUAUGUGCUGAAACCCAACUUUCCCCUCGGCCUGCCGCCUGCGCUGCUGCACAGAAAUGCACAAGGACAGCAGAAUUCACUAGAGUACGCUGCUGUAUCCCAGGAGGAGAAACCGGGGACUGUUACCUGGAAACCUCCAGAAACACAGCAGGCAGUGGGCUCGGCUGUCAAGAGAAGACGAAGGUCGUCACCGGGACCCAUCAUUGUCAUCAAAGAUGAGCCCGAUGACGACAGUAGCUACGUCCAAGCCAACCAAAGAGCCAGCCUCCCCGACAGCACAGGAGACCAAGGCGAGGGGAGCAAAGCCCGGCCUCCUCUUCAAAGCACGGACGACAAACCCCACAGCCAUCCCCGGCCUCCGAGCAGCCCCCGGGACCAGAAUGAGACAAACACUCCGGAUCCCGUCCGCUCCCUGGGACGAGACAAGCAGGUAGACCAGCGCCCGGCUCCGCUUGAAGACCCUGAUGGAGGCGCGUGUGCCGCGUGUCAGACCGGGGGGGAGCUGCUGUGCUGCGAUAAGUGUCCCAAGGUUUUUCACCUCUCGUGCCAUGUUCCAGCUCUCCUCGAAUCUCCUCCCAGCGGCGAAUGGUUUUGCUCUCUCUGCCGCGACCUGCUAGCGCCCGAGAUGGAGUAUGACUGCGAAAGCAAACCCGAAGCCAAAACACUAAAGAAGGAGCCAGAUUCUGACGGAGGAUUUCCCCCUGUGGACAAACGAAAGUGUGAGAAGCUGUUGCUGCACUUGUUUUGCGGCGCACUGAGUUCCGCCUCCCUGGGGCCCGAAUCCCCCUCGGUAUGUGCUAAUAACAGGCUGCCUAUGAAGAGACUAUUGAAUCUUUCCGCUGUGAAAAAGCGACUGGAGGCUAAGACGAGUCUGUGCUACCAAAGCCCUGCAGAGUUUGUAUCAGACAUCCGGCUCCUCUUUGGGAACUGCGCAGCCCUCAGUGAGGUCGACACGGAGGUCACCACGGCAGACAGGGCGCUCCAAGAGCUGUUUGAAGAGCACCUGGGGAUCAUGUUCCCUCAACAGACCUUUCCAGGAAUCAAACUGGAGACGAUACCUCCGGCCCCCGCCGGCUCUCAACCCUCGUCUCUUGACAAUACAUCCCCGCGUGCAAAGCGCCAGCGAGCAUGUUCAGACUCCCAGGAUACGGCGAGCCGUCCCGGUGGAGAGGUGGGGGGCGUAGCGUGAAAGCACAAAUCUUCUUAAUCGUUUGGAUAUUUGACACAUUUGGACAAAAAUGUAUUGUACACAAUCACCAGGUCACCAAAAAUGUGUUGUAUGUUUACGGAUUUUGUUUAAAUUGCAAGCAAACGACUGUGACACAAGGCGACAAAUGAUUUCUGCUGUCUGGAGAUGCAUUCAUCGCUAAAUCGAUGGUGCGUUCAGGCCUGGGCGUGUUUUUCCUGUUCAGCCCUCCACGCAUAAAUAUAAGUGGGAUCGGGUGGAAGGAUGUGAACUAUCAGCUUUGAUGUUGUUGUGCUCUGCGUUGUGUGGAAUAAGAUGCGCUGGAGGGCAGUAAAGGGAAAACAUCAAAAGGGAGUCCCAAGCCGUU